AUGCCCUCAGUCUGCCGCCCUCAGUCUGCCGCCCUCAGCCUGCCCCCCUCAGUCUGUCGCCCUCAGUCUGCCGCCCUCAGCUGUUGCCCUCUCAGCCUGCCGCCCUCAGUCUUCUGCCCUCAGUCUGUUGCCCUCAGCCUGCUGCCCUCAGCCUGUUGCCCUCGGUCUGCUGCCCUCAGCCUGCUGCCCUCAUCUGUCGCCCUCAGCCUGUUGCCCUCAGCCGCUUCCGUCUGUUGCCCUCAGCCUGCUGCCCUCAGCCUGUUGCCUGCUGCCCUCAGUCUGCCUGUCGCCCUCAGCCUGCUGCCCUCAGCCUGUUGCCCUCAGUCUGCCGCCCUCAGCCUGCCUCAGCCUGCCCCUAUCUGCCGCCCUCAGCCUGCCGCCCUCAGGCUGUCGCCUGUUUCACCUGCGCCUCAGUCUGUUGCCCUCAUCCGCCGCCCUCAGUCUGUUGCCUCAUCUCUUCCCCCUGCCGCCCUCAGCCUGCCGCCCUCAGCCUGUUGCCCUCAGCCUGCUGCCCUCAUCUGCUGCCCUCAGCCUGUCGCCCUCAGCCUGCUUCCCUCAGUCCGCCGCCCUCAGUCCGCCGCCCUCAGUCUGUUGCCCUCAGCCUGUUGCCCUCAGCCUGCCGCCCUCAGCCUGCCGCCCUCAGCCUGUUACCCUCAGUCUGUUGCCCUCAGUCUGUUGCCCUCAGCCUGCUGCCCUCAGCCUGCUGCCCUCAGUGGCGCUAAUGUCCGGGUGCGUCCACCGAAGAAGAAGCCGAGCCAGAGUGCAGCAGCAGCCGUUGUUCGCAGCUAG